CAUCCAUUUUGUAUGAAACAAGAAUCCCUUCAAUAUGAGCUGGGCUGUGGAGGAGUGGAAAGAAGGCCUCUCUCCCAGAGUCCUUCAGAAGAUUCAUGAGCUGGAAAGUCAACUAGACAGGCUCAAAAAGGAGUGCCAGCAAAGGCAAUUCCAGUUAGAGUCUUUGGAGGCAGCUCUGCGAAAACAGAAACAGAAGGUUGAACAUGAAAAAAAUGAAGCUGCAAUGCUAAAAAGAGAGAACCAGAGCUUGAUGGAAUUGUGUGAUAGUCUUGAGAAAGCAAAGCAGAAAAUUUCACAUGAUCUUCAAGUAAAAGAAUCUCAAGUUAACAUUCAGUCAGGGCAGCUGAAUUCCAGCAAGAAAGACAUUGAAAGACUGGAGCAAGAACUGAAAAGAUACAAAUGUGAGCUUGAGAGAAGCCAGCAAACAUUGAUUACAGGAGACUUAUCGUUCAGUGGCACCCCACAGAAAAGUUUUACUGCUUCUUUGCCAGUGCAAAGUUAUAAUGAUGCUAAGUUUGAAGAAUUAGAAAAACAAUACAAGAAAGAAGUAAAAGAAAGAAAAAAGCUGGAAUUAGAGCUGAGAACCAUCUACAUAAAGAAAAUAAAUCAGCCUCAACGUCAAAGCUCUUUGAGUCACAGGGAGAUUGCUUGGCAUCAGGCUUCCUCCUCUGUGUUUUCAUGGCAACAAGAAACACCAUCUAGAAAUCGAGAAACACCUGCAAGGAGAAGUUCUACAACAUCUUUUUUUCCAUGGGAAAAGGAGACAAAUUCCAGUAUAAUAUCACAGAGGAACGAGUUCAACAACAGUUUUGCUGAGAAUUGUGAUUCUUCACUGGUCAUUCAGCUAAGAGCGCAGAACCAAGAGUUAAAUUCCACUGUUAAAGACCUAGAACAACAACUGGAAGCUGAAGAAAAAGUGAAGAAGUCCCAUAUUAAUAAGCAUCAAGAGAUUAAACUGCAACUGGACAGAAUGAAGUUGGAAUUAACAGAGAAGGACAAAGUUCUGAACAAAAGCAGAGAUAAACAGACUCAAAUGAGAACACAACUUGAUCAAGCUACUGCACAGGUCCAAAUGAUGGAGCAAAAGGUGAAAAAAUUGUCAGAAGAUCUGAGUUGCCAAAGACAAAGUGCUGAGAGUGCUCGUUGGUCUUUAGAACAGAAAAUAAAGGCAAAGGAAAAGGAAUACCAACAGGAACUCUCUUGUCAGCAACAUGCCUUACAAACAGUGGAUCAGCAGUGCAACCAGAUAAGGAACAAACUGAACCAGGAGCUACAGCAAGCCAAAAAUGACUUCAACACUCUGCAGGCAGAAUUUGACAAAGUACUGGCAGUGAAACAACACUUGGAACAUGAUAACAGUGACCUCACCCAGAAGCUGUCUAGAGCAGAGCUGGCUUUAUUUGCUGCCCAAACUAAGGAAAUGGAUUUGUCAAGAAGCUUUGAGAAACUGAAAAAGGAGAAAAACCUUCUUGACUACGAACUCGAGAAAAAAUUGCAAAAGAUCCACCAACUUGAAGAAGAACUGAAUAUGAUGAAGCAGUCUCUAAAGCAGAGCCAGAAUUUUGCGGAAGAGAUGAAAAAUAAGAAUAUUUUUCAGGAAGCAGAACUGAAGUUACUGCAAGAAAAAUUUGAAAAGCAGGAGAGUUCUCUUCUGCUGGAGAAGCUGAAAAUAGCUUUGGCUGACAUGGAAAAGCAACAAGAUUCUACCCAAGACCUACUCAGGGAAAAAGAAACCCAUAUUGAAGAACAAAACUGUAAGAUAAGUAAAAUGGAAGAAGAAUCAGAAGCUUUGCAGGGGCUCCUUGGAGUCAAGCAGAGAGAAUGUGAAGAAUUGCAAAAAGAGGCUACUGCUUUUUCUCUAUGGAAAACUGAAAAUAAUAAUCUCAUAAAUAUACUUAAGUCUGAAAAGGAAGUUAUGCUGACUCAUAUUAAUGACUUGGAGAGUUCCCUUCAAAGUCAGCAAAUAAAAAAUCAUGAACAUAGUGAGAAACUCAGAAUGCUGGAAACUGAAAGUGACAGGAAAACCACAGAGAUUAAAGAACUUAAAGACAUGCUGGAACAUAAAAAUGCAGAAUUAGAAGAACAAAAAAAAGCUUUUAAUGAACUUCAGCAGCAAGCAGAAUGUUCUGAUAAAAAGUACUGUAAAGAGAUAGACAAUAUGUCCUGUAAAAUGUUUCAGCUUACCAACCAAGUUGGUGAACUAGAGGAAAAGUUACAAUUAGCAGCAAGUGAACAACUGCAGAGGGAGCAGUGUUACAAUGAUCUGCUUGGUGAAUAUGAAAAAAUCUGUUGUCUUGUAAAAGCAAAAGAUACUUCAGAAAUUAUCAGAGAUGUAGAAGUUAAUUCACAAAGUGAUCAGGAUAAAACUGUUUUAGAUAAUACACAACUUGCAGCAAAUAACUCCAUUGCUGAGGAUCACAAAGGGGCAAGAGCUGUUCUAGAAGCAGAAAAAAAUAAGGAUGUGGCCAUCUUACAAGAUCAGGUUUCUUCUCUUGAGAUUUCCUUAGUGGCUCAAAAGCAGCUGAAUUCAAAUCAACAGCAGCAGAAUGAAGACUUACUGCAAAUAAAGGGUCAAGCAGAAGAAACAUUAUUUAAAGCAGAACAGAUGCAUGAAAGCUUUGUGACUGAAACUGAACAGCACAUUAGUAACUUGCAAGAAGAUACUUCAGCACAUCAGAAAUUAGUUGAGAACACUUUAGCUAUUCUUGAGGAAAAGGACAUGCAACUGCAGACUCUUAAUGAAAGAUUAAAAAGCCAGCAAGCUGAGUUUCAGAACUUAAAGAUCAAUAAUAAAUUGCUGGAAGAUUCAGUAAGACAGCUGAAGCUCAUGUCUGAAACAUGGGAUUCAGAGAAGAAGGACAUGUCUUCAAUGAUUAGUGCCUAUAGCAAAAAAAUUGAAGAACUUGCUAAAGAAAAUGCAACCCUUAGGCAUUUAAGCAGUGUUUUAGAACAAGAGCAAAUAACUUUACUGGAAGCAAAUAAAAAUAUUUCUGAUAGUUUAAAGGAAAGGGAAGAAAUAAUUUCUGAAAUGUCCAGAAAGCACAAGGAGGAAAGACAACUUACUGAAUCAAGAACUGAAGAAAUCAAAACAGAGCUUAACAUUUUGCAAGGGAAGUAUAAAUCAAUGGAAGAAGAAAAUGCAAACAUGAUGGGUGUUCUGAGAGAGCAGACAAUUGAAUUUGAGGAAAUCAAAGCAAAAUUAGAACAAGAGAAACAGAUAUUUAGGGAGAAUAAAGAUAUUUUACAUAAACUAAUUGCUUCAGAAGAAAUAAAAAAGGAUUUGGUUCAAGAACUUCAACAACUGCAGUCAGAAUUUUCCAGUAUUCAACAUACACCUUCUAUGAAACUUGACUGUUUAAGACAGGAAAUACUAAAUGUCAGGGGAACACAAAAUACAAUGCAAGAGAAAUGUGGUAUUUUAUUUCAUGACAAGGAGCAACUGGGAGAGAGACUAGAACCAAAAAGUGAACCUCUAAUGUGUCAUGUUAGUGGUGAACAGAGACUCUAUUCAGAACAGUUGAGGAAGUCCAUGGAAGAAAAGGAUGCUGAGCUGAAUAAAUACAAAGUUAAACUUGAGCUUCUUCAAAUGGAUUUUGAGGACAGAGAACUCUCCCUAGAGAACCACAUGUUAGAAGUGAUGCAACUGGAGACUGCUUUAAAAGGCAUGAAAGCAGAACUUGAGAAAAGUGAGAGAGAGAAAGAGAGGCUGCAGCAAGAACUACUAUCUGUUAAAGAACUGAAAACUUCAGAUUCUCCACUUACAGUAUUAGAUGAAGGUGGCCACUCAUUGGAGUAUAAUUUUGAUAGUGUUUCCCAGAAUUGUGAUGAAAGAGGAAAGGAUGAAAGUUAUUCAUCUGUUGUGCUGGCAUCCUCUUUGCAGGUAACGAUAGACAACCUGAGGGCACUUGAGAAAAUGUGUGAGAACAUUGUAUUAGCCUCUGAAUUUAAAGAUUCGGAAAUCAAUGGCAUCAAAGGUAUUAAUAAAGUGGCAGAGGAGGAAGAGAACAUAAUGAAUGCAGAUAAAAAUUUAAAAGCUGAGAAAGCUGUUUUUCCUGAGGAAGUUAUGGAUCAAAGUGAUAACGAUCCGAGAAUGUGUUUUGAUAAUAAGGAACUGUCAUUUAGUAAAGAAUGCAAUACUGGACCAACUUCUGACUAUGACGAUUUAAAAUUGUCCAGGAAAGAAGUUAAAAUACAUUUUGCUGAAGUAAGGGAGAAGCUUUUGUCUUUCCAGAAUGAGCAUAUAAAAUUAUAUGAACAACACUGCACUAUGAGAUCAAAGAUAUCUGAGCUACAGUCUUGUAUUGAAAUACUGAAGGCAGAAAAUUCUGCGUUGUCGACGAGUUUGAGCAAAGUUCCUAUAGAUUCAACAAGAGCACCACUAUCUUCUAGCCAAAAUGACAUGCUGUUUAAAUUAGAUGAAACUAAGUCCAUAGUUUCUUCCUCAGAUCUGUUUGAAAGCCCCUGUUUUGUAGAAGUAAGUGAGGUGGCUGAUUCUUGUAACAGUGGUACAUGCAAAUGGACAGAGGAAAUCAAUCAGUUGGACAGUUCUGCAGAAGUAAUUCCAGAAGGUGCAACAAAAGUUUUGAGUGAAAAUUGUCAUAAUGAUCACAAAUUGGACUCUGUUAGAGAGCCGAGGAAUAUUACUCCUGGAAAAUCUUACCUUGAGAGUAGAAUUGAAGAACUUCAGAUGCUGUGUCAGACAUAUGAGAAGGCCAUCAAAGUGCUUGAAGACCAAUUGCACAUUCAAGAGAAUAUGAAAAAUGAGGAAAUACAAGAACUUAAAAAAAUUAUACUUUCCGAAAGAGAAGAAAUAGAUAAUUUAAAACAGCAGAAUCUAUCUGACAAGGAAGAAUGGCAGCAGAAAUUAGAUAACAUGACUAUGGAGCUGGAGUACAAACUAGAAGUGGAAAAAACACAAACUGAGAAUCUGUCUUUGGAGCUGGAAGCAGCAAGAUUCCAACUACAAGUACUUGAUUUAAGUUCUCGUUCACUGCUGUGCACAGAUGUUGAAAAUAACUCCGAACAAGACAACAAUAGUCCUUAUCAAUUAGGAGUGCCUAUUGAAAACUCAGUACUGAAAAGGAGUAAACCUAAACAAAUCUCCACUGGGGAAAUUGCUGUAGGAUAUACCUCUCUGUGUGAAAAUGUAACUGAGAACUCUGAAGGAAGAUUAAUGGAAGAUUAUGCUGAAAAGAUUUCUGGAGAACAUGACUGUAGAAAUACAUCAGGAAAAAUAACCAGCUCUUCAGACCAUGCCAGAGAACCUAAGAAAGUAAAGUCUGAGCUGGAGAUACAUGAAGUUAGAUUGUCUAAUACAUCAGACACAUUGGAUGAUGUAGAAAUGACCAAGAGAGUUUGUCAUGAACAAUUUCUUGCAGCUGAAAAGGAACAGAGGAAGCCAAAUUCUGAGCAAUUUAAUACUGAGAGCCAUGCCUUGUUCAUAGAAAAUGAUAUUGAAAUGCUUCAGGCAAGAUGUCAGCAAUUAGAAAGGGAGAGGGAAGUUCACCUCAAAACUAUUUCUGCAUUUCAAGAGCACCUUCUUUCAGCCACAGCUGAGAAAGACCAUAUUGGCCAAGAACUGAGUGGUUUGUCUGAAAAUAAAAAAGAACUGGAUCAGAAUUACCAGAAGUUACAAGAGAAAUUAAAAGAGCUAGAGUCAACUAAGGUGGAUUCUACUGAAUUCAUUAGAAGAUUAGAGUGUGAAGUGAGGACACAAACAAAUCUGCUUGAGGCUGCAAAAUCUGAUAUAAGUCAAUUAUCAAAUGAGAAAGAUCAUCUCCUGCAGAAGUUGCAAAGUUUGGAACAGGUCACUGUGUCUUUCACCUUAGAAAAGGAAGAACUCCAAAACAAAGCAGCACGUUUGAACGAGGAGAAAGAGCGGCUUGUAAGAGAGUCAGAAAUGAUGCAGAGUAAAUUAAGUUCAUCAGAAAUGGAAAAUUCAAAGCUUUCUAGAUCUUUGGAAAGCUUGUUAAUGGAAAAAGGUGAACUUGCUGCUAGACUUAACUCAGCACAGAAUGAAGUAGAUGAAAUGCGAUACGGAAUUGAGAAGCUGAAAGUAAAGAUUGAAUCGGAUGAGAAGAAAAAGCACCACAUUGCUGAAAAACUGAAAGAGAGUGAACGGAAAGCUGACUCUCUUCUGGAUAAAAUAGAGAGGCUUGAAAGAGAAUUGGAGAUGUCAGAAAAAAAUCUAGAAGAUGCAGUUGUUCAGUCGGAAACUGCUAAAGCAGAGGCAGAGACAUUAACAAUGGAGAUGGAAGAGAUGGCUGAAAAGCUGAGAUGUUUUAACUCACAAAUUGAUGACCUCACCUCAGAAAAAGAGUGUUUGGCUAAAGAUUCAAAAGAAAAACAAGACAGAAUCCUUGAACUAGAGUCUUUGAACUCGACUACAGCAAAACUGUUAGAAGAAAAGGAGAAAGAAAUUACACAAAUCAAGAAUGAGUUUGAAAAUACUGUGGUCUUGCUGAAAUCUGAGCUAAAAGAUUUAAGUGAGAAAUUAGAGUUUUCUUGCAAGGAGGAAGCAGAUGCUAGAGCAAAAGAGCAAUUCUUGAUUAAUCAGGUGGCUGGUCUUGAGCAAGAUAAAACAAUACUAUUACAGGAAUGUCAGGAAAUAAAAAAUGAAAAUAUCAAACUGGAUCAAACAAGGGAAGCACUUGUUCAAGAACUGAUGGAUUAUAAACAAAAACUCAAUGAAAAGGUGCAAGAAAACAGUGCUUUUCAGAAUCAGGUGAAAGAAACAGAGGAGCUGUCUUUACAGCUCACACAUGUGCAACAUGAGCACAAACAAGAAAAAGAAAGGCUGCAGAAUUUGAUUGCUGAGUUGAAGCUGAAGGAGCAACAUUUGUCUGAUAAUGAAACCUUCACAGAUAUCCUGAACAUUUUUAAAGUGUCUUAUAUGGACCUUGAGAAGGAGCUGGAAUUUACACUUUGUGAAAAGAACAUUUUACGUAAAGAGGUAGAUGAACUGACUGAAAGUCUUACUGAGCUGCAAGGCAAGCUAACUGAUACUGACCAGAAGAUUUCCAAAUUACAGGAAGAAUUUACUACAGAAAGAAACAAGCUUGUUGAAGAAAUGCAACUUAUUCAAGUACAGUCCAAAAGGGACAAAAUUCAGCUGCAACUAACUGUAACAAAAAACAAUGAACUGAUUAAGAGUUUGGAGAUUAUCAAGAAGGAACGACAAAAAAAAGAAAGUGAAAUGCAAAGAGAAAUAUCAGAAUACCAAAACAGACUACUUCAAGCAGAGAAAGAGCAUCAGGAUGCUCUGACCCAAAAGAAUGAAGUUGAAGUUAAGGCCUGUCAAGAUAAGAUUAAUUCACUGGAGCACUUUAUUACCUCACAAAAAUUGGAAAUUGAGCGUUUGAAGUUGAAUGAAGAAAAACUAAAUAAUUGCCUUAAAGAAGCUAACCAUGCCUCAGAAGAACUCCUAAAACUUAAGGCUGAUAAUACUAACAUUGUAGUUCAGCUGAAGGAGGAAAAUGAAUUUGCCCACAGUAAAGUGCAGCUGUGGAUGAAAUCCUGUAAGCAAAUGGAAAAGGAAAAGGAAAUGUUGCAGAAACAAAUAGUUGAACGUGACGAACUAUUAAAGAAGAAAAAUCUAUCUGUGUCAAAGUAUAAGGAAGAAGGUGCUGAUGAGAAUGCUAUUAUAGAAGAACUGAAGUUAAAACUGAAAGAAUUACAGGAAUCUGUAGAAGUUAAAACCAGAGAAGUAAAUGAGACCUUGGAGAAAUACUGCUCUCUAAUUGUUAAGUAUGAUAAACUAGAGGAAGCAAACGAGAUGCUAAAAACACAAGUCAGUUUGUUGGGUGCUCAGCUGAAACAGCAAACAAGUGAUGCUGUCAGCAAUCCUUUGCUGAAUUUGGAUGAUUCAUCAGCAGGGAGCAAUCAGUCUGUCAAAGAGAUGAGGUCAGGUGAAGAUACUACUAAGCUUUCAGGUAAAAGACAGAGAUACGAGGACAACAGGAAAGAUAAAGGAGAACCAAGAUCCCCUAUGCCAGAGGUUUCAUCCAAAAAAAAAAGGAAGGAUAAUUUCUGUCAAAAUCUGCUGGAUCAGGAGGACACAGACUAUGAGCCAGAUGGGCUUCCAGACAAAGUGAAAAAAGGGUUUGCUGAUAUCCCCACUGGAAAAGCGAGCCCUUACAUUUUAUGUAGAACAGCCAUAAAUCUAAGAAAUCCUCACCUAAUUUUCCCAAGUGAGAAAUUGCUUUUGCCUGCACAAGAGGUACAAAAAUGCGGACCAGAUAAUCUUGGUGAGCGAUCCUGUUCAACAGCUGGUGGCAGCAAACCACAAAAGGUAAAUGAUGAACAGCAGUCUCAAGCAGGAUCAGCUUUUCCACUAAUGAAAUCUCCUUCAAGGUCACCACUUCGCCUGUACAAGCAAUCCACAAAAACUCUCCCUGAUAAUCCUGGGGAGAGUCAAAUGGUGCACAAAGCCAAAAAUUAUCUACAUGAACAAGGACUACCUGAGCAGGAAGAUGAGCAAAAAGAAAAUUGUAAGGUCCAGUAA